AAAGCAAACGUUGCAAAUAAUUUGGGAAGGAAGGUGUACAUUAUUGAGUACUACGUCUCCCACAACACACAUAUAUAUACACACAACCGGUGGCAAAGGCCGAAACAGCUCAUCAUCAAAGAGAAAAGUAUUAAAAUUUUCUCAAUCAGAACAAAAAAAAAGAUAAGGAAUUAAAAAAAUAAGUGAAAAAUAAAAUAAAAUGGGUUCUUCUCCUCGCUCAUACGCAGCUGCCAUCCUCUUUGUGAUGCUCUUCAUCUCCACCGGUUUGCCUUCCGAGAUGGGAGGAGGGGUGAGGAAGAUGGUGGCGGAGGGUAGGAUGUGCGACUCCCAGAGCCAUAAGUUCAGGGGGCCAUGCUUGAGGGACAGCAACUGCAAGACGGUUUGCGAGGGAGAAGGUUUUCACGACGGCGAUUGCCAGGGAGUCCGCCGCCGCUGCUUUUGCAGGAAACCUUGUUAAUUAAUUAGUUAAUUCACGGAAUGAUUAUGGCUGUGGAAUAAAUGUUCUUAAUUUGCAAUUAAUAAGAGGACGACGCUCGCCACGCUAGCUACCUAGAUGAUGAUAGCUGGCUGGCGAGCUUAGUUCCCGUCUUUGAAAACCAAACAUGUCAUGUGUUUGGUUUUUUAAAUUACUUUUUAUCUCCAUGUAUUCGCCUCCCUAUUAUUAGCUUGUUU